AUGUUGGGUCUUCGAGAUGUACACGAGGGAGGUACGACACGCGUCGCCAUCGACGGUGAUCACGUCCUCACAGGCGGUGCGGACGGCGUUGUUGCUCUUUUUCCUAUUAAACGAUGGCCGCAGAGCGCUUCCCUGUGGGCGCGCCAAUGCCACGAAUCGGGAGUCUCUUACGUCAUUCUGCACGAUGCCCUCCAUUUGGCUCUAUCAUGCGGGCGGGACGGGAAAAUCGUAUUACACGAAAACAUUAACGAAACUGGGGACGACGCGAACAAGUCCACGUCAAGGGUCAUUUGCCGUGUAACCGGUGAAGUUCGCUGUUUGUACUUUGAUGCCGUACAACAGCGCCUGUUUGUCGGCGGCGACUCCCUGCGUUGCCUUCAUAUGACCGGCAAUCGGAUGAACAUCCAGACCAUUCCCCUUCCCAUACCGCACCCGUUGGUAGCCCUGGCUCUCUCGCCGUGUGGGAGGUUACUGGCGGUUGCGAAUGCUGGCGGAACAAUCGCUGUCAUCGGAGUUGUGCCUCCUGCCGCUUCGCCCUCUAAGUCUGAGAAAGCCGAUCCUUUCACACAAUCCGAGACGCAGCUUUCUGAACGGGAGCUCUUGGAGGUGGAGAUGCUCCGAAAAGUCCGAUUCAUCUUCCACAACAUUCUAUCCCCAUCAGCCAAGCGUGAGGAUGCGUGCACAUAUCGUAUGCAAUGGUGUCAAACCAGCGGCGGUGCAGUCCUCGCCAUCCCCACCGCCACGGAGGUUCUCAUUUACCAGGUGUCUGGCGAUUUCGCAUCGCUUUCCGGUUACCAAAUGCGGUGCAUGGGUGGGCUCCAUGGGGAGAAGCUAAUGGACUUCCACAGCGUCGGGCUUUACCCUCUAUCCUCUCAGCGCAUGAUGUGCGUGAUGGCAUCGCAAGAGGGGCUUUAUAUGGCCAAGGUGAGCAACGGCAAACUUGCUAUGACGCAUCAUCAUCUUCAGAAAUACGACAGCGAGCACUCUAUCACUGAUAUGCAGGUGAACGAGCGGACUGGCGACGUCGUUGUGGGGCUUCUCAGCGGCAAGGUGUCGCUGCUGCACCGCGUGGCCCCAAAGAGUCUCGACACAGUUAAAACAACCAUGCCACAGUCAAGUAAAGAAAAGCAUCAUAUAGCCAACGCUGAGGGCGAUACCAACCGAGACGCCGAAACGGUUGACGACGACGAGGGAAGCAAAACUAUUGACAAACGGACGAAGGCUAAGUUAAGGAAGGAAAGAGUAGGACAUUUUAAAAGGGCACCAUCCGAGAAGGAUUUUAUCAAUGAUGCGUCCACAAGCACUGGCAGCCGUGAUGGCAUGAGUGAUGCAGAUGGCUCGUCUUCCGAAACCAACAGUGUGAGUGGCACCGAUGCAAGUGAGGAGGAAGUAGAAGAGGACUUAGAGAAAGUGGUACGGGAUUUAAAGAGACAUGGAACGGAUUUUACCGACGUGGACGGCACCGUUCGGUCGUCAAGGUGGCGCAAAGAGGAUCCAAGGCGUGUAGUUGCCAGUAUUCGGCGUCAGCCAUCGCGAUUUUUGGAUGAUGAAGCGGAGGAGGCUUCUUCCGGCGACGCCGAUGAAGAGGACGAAAUGGCAUCCCAAGAGGACGGGUAUGGCGAGCGGGUUCAUCGCCACCACACACAUGAGAUGGAUGAUAGUAAAGGUGGAGUUCCUUAUGAAGGUGAGGGGGGCUCCGACGCGUGCGAUAGGAGUUCAGUUUCGGCCCAGGGGACGACUGCGGGUAGCCCUAAUGACGUUGUGGCGGCAUCCAUGCCGAGACACAGCCCUAUGGUGCGCGAUUACUCUUUCCAGGUAGGCGCUACUCCUCCCGGCGAUGAAGGGAGUUGCUACCUUGCUUACAAUUCAGUCGGUUUUAUUCGCUGCACGCGCGAUGCGGCCACGGUGCAUUUUCACGAUAUAUCCCACCCUGCCGUUCGGAUUAACGAAAAUGGUGUCAUUCUGAUGGGUACUUUGAGCCCGGUUGGCGUGGGGUUCGUCGUGCUCCCGUCGGACGUUGGUGGCGACACCGAGAUGAUCGACAGCGUUGACGACGCCCCACGGCUGGUGGUUUACUUCCGUACCUUUGUAUCGCUCGGCGCCCAAUCAGACUGGCGGGUGCGCCUGCUCCCCGGGGAGACAGUUCGCUGUAUGGUGGCAGGGAUUCGCUUCAUCGCAGUGGCGACGAGUCGGUACUUGCGACUGUUCUUGUUCUCUGGGCUUGAGAUUGGCGUCUUAAGUAAGUUCUCAAAGGUGGUGACGAUGGCGGGAACCUCAAGCCAAAAGCUCAUGGACAGCUACAAGGUCGACUUCGACCCCCUCGCGGUGGUGUACCUAGAGGGCGGGGAGCUGAAGAUGGAGGUGAUUAACGUGGUGAACCGCUCCAACGUUGUGCCCGCGCGCGUGGUGCCGCUGACGGAGUCCUCAGACGGCACCACGCAUGAACUCCAGUGGUUCGGCUGGUCGGAAGACGGCCCGCUGCACACGGCGGACACUGCGGGGGUGGUGCGCAUGUACACGGAGAGCUGGGGUGGCUCCUGGGUCCCGGUCUACGAUCCACGCUCGAUCGCCGAUUCGAGCACGAAUUUGUGGAUCUGGGGCGUGAAUGACAAAUCGCUCUAUGCUUACCGCUCUUCAGCUACAGCAGGGUCGCUCUACCCUGCGGCGGUGUCUGGAGGUUUGCCGACUGAGCACGUCCCCCUGUUCAUCCCUCUCACGCGCACUAUGAAUGAGAAGGACCUAGUCACCUGGGAUUACAUGCUGCGCCGCGAGAUUCGUACCGAUGAGCUGAAGCUGCACAGUAACGUGUACACCAAGGCAAUCGCAUUGCACGAUGCGCGGCAUGAUAAUAAGCUGCUGGGGUUAUUCCAGUGGGCCCUGCAAGAGCAGUUCGCCGCGCGUGCGUUUGACUUUGCAACGUUGAUGGAGCUACGCGAUAAUGUUAUGGUGUGUGCGAAGGAGGCGAAUAAAAAGGGCUCCAGCAAACUCAUGGAAGAGCUUAUUGCUCGGUAUGAUCGUUUAAAGACAGUAAGCAGACGGAAGUGCACGCUACCGCUGGAGGGAUCGGUGAUGAGUGAAAAGGGGCGAGACCCGCCCCAGCGGAAGCCGCUCCUGAAGGAGAAGGAAGACUUGCAGCGUGGCGAACCUAGGGAAGCCACGCAGCACUCUCCGGAAAAAACGGGGAGCGGUAAUAUCACUGAGGCCGCGCCAACAAAAACAAAACCGACUUCAGUGGGUCCUGCUGACUUUGAGACACCGAAUAAACAGUUAGCUGGGGCUAACAGCGUCAAGACAUUGGAAAUAUCUCCUUCCAGCAAAUCGGUCACCACGGCCACCACCAUAACCACUGUACAAUCACCGCCAAUGCGUCAGCGUGUUACUUUUAAGCUUCCGUCCGGGGGCAGCAACUUCACGGCCGAUACGCAAAGCACCCUGACCCAAACAACGGCCACCACCACCACAACGACAGCCGAAGUGCGCAAAUCCGCGCCCGCUCCCUCCUCUGCCCCCGCCGCGAAACCGACCAACCCCUUCACCCGGAGCACCCCUGGCGCUCGGGCGGCAGCCCCCCCGGCCGCCGCCCCCUCCCCACCUAUUCCCACCCGAGUUGACGUGCUCAACGAGCCCAUUGAGUUGAUUGGCGGCUCCCAGCCGGUCUUCAGGGCUGCGGGCGAUGGCGGCUUGGCGAGGCCUCCGACGGGGCCGCCCCGCACGACCUUCCUCGCAGCAGCGGUGCCAUCCCCUGCCUUGGGGGUUCGGGGCAAGCCCGUGGACCCCUUCCUCCGCAGGGACCAAGAGGAGGUGGAGGAGGGGGGAGGGGGGCUCACUGUGCAGGCGGUGCUGGGGAAGGAAGACCCGGACGCGGAGUCGUCUUUGCCCCCUAGCAACCUCUUCGGCGAGGCUCUGCGAAAGCGUUACCGCGAGGACGAUGAUGUUGAUGGGCAGCAGGAUGAGUUAGCUCUCCCUGCGUUGGCUGUACCACGCAUUGCUUAG